AUGGCCCUCCAUCUGCUGAGCCUCUCUGCUGGUCAGAACUGUUCUGAGCAGCGCGAGGCUCUCCGAACUCUGCGCCAGGUCCAGAAGCUGCUCACCGACCACGAGGCGUCAUACCUGCAGGGAAUGAGGACGCUGAGCCGGCGGCUGAACCAGCUGAGGACCCAUCUGCAGAAAGGAGACGGGAAAGACGGUUGUCCUCCUCUGAAGCCCCCUCGUCACGGGCGGAUGCUGGGGGGAAAGCUGAAAGUAGGACACGAGGUGCAUUUCCUGUGUGACCCGGGGUACCGCAUGCUGGGCUCUGAGACCAGAACCUGCCUGAACAACCAGACCUGGAGCGGACUCGCAGCCAGCUGCUCAGAUUCCACGUCUACCACCAACACCACCCUCCUGCGCCCUGCCAAGUGUUCCUCCUUCCUGGGGACUCAGCAAUGUACCUGCGAUGCCGGCUAUGUGAUCCAGCCAGGAGGCCUCUGUCAGGACAUCGAUGAAUGUGGUCUGUUCCACGGAAGCGCACUUAUGAAGAUUUGUGUCCACGAAUGCGUCAAUACUCCUGGAUCAUACCAAUGUGUCUGCCCACAGGGGUAUCUCCUGGAUCCUUCACAGAACAGCUGCCAGGAUAUGGAUGAGUGCGAGUCGGAGCAGAGCGCCUGCGCCGGGGGAAAGAUCUGCGUCAAUCUUUACGGCGGCUUCACGUGCGUCCGACCGGAGUGCCCCAAACCCAAACACAACACCACCUACAUGAAGACCUCCACACAUCAGUGUGAACGGACGCCGUGCCACGUGGGCAGUGCCGCCUGCCUGGAAGCCCCCCACUCCGUCUCCUUCCAUUACAUCGCCGUGCAGUCCCAGCUGCCGGUUCCCCGGGUCCUGUUCACCAUGACGGCCCCGCGGUCUCCGGGAGAUACUCAGCGCUUCACCAUCACCAGGGGCAAAGGUCAGCGCGGCCUGGAGGUGCGGCAAGCGGGCAGACACCGCGGAGAACUGAUCCUGACCAAAUCGCUGACCGGACCGGCCGAGAUACAGGUGGACGUGGAGAUGGCGGAAAUGUCGGCGCAGGGGUUGCUGGGGAGGCACAUCUUCACCGUCACUCUGUUUGUGUCUCAGUACCCGUUCUAGACUUUGG